AUGAGGAGAUUCUUUUCAAAUCUAUUUAGAAAGAGGAAUCAACAGCAGCAGCAACAACAACAGGACACCAAACAUAAUAAUAACAACAAUAACAAUAAUAAUCAUAACAAUAGCGCUGCCUCUGGAAAUAAUGCUGCCGGUGUCAAUAAUAACAAUAAUAACAACAAUCAACAUAGAAAGAAUGAAUCUCCCUCAUCGCCAACACACAAUAGCUCUACACCAAGCUCAACGUCGCCACCUGCCAUCAUUGUAACCAACAACCAACAUGACAACCAUCACCACCAACAUAACAACAACAACAACAAUAAUAAUAAUAACAACACUAAGCCUACAACAUUCACACCGGGAAUCACUCCGAAAACCAGUACUCCCAACACUCAGACACCACCUGACAGUCCGAGAACUAAAGUGUCAACCAACGACACCAGCAUCUACUUGAACGGCGCUCACAAAGACACAAACAAACAUAGAAAGAGUAAUGGUGGAGAAUACACUCCUCUAGACUAUCAUGAUGCAUCUCCAAAAGUUGAUCAUAGUAAUUUACCAAAGAGAAAGGCAUCUGGACCACCUGAAAUUUUACCCGAAGAGAUUGAAUACGAUUUAAAGAAUGAUUUCUUGGGUCAAGGUUCUUUUGGUUCCGUCUACAAAGGACGUUGUCGUGGACAAGAGGUAGCUGUCAAAGUACCUAGAAAACAAAAGUUGAAUUUAUAUGAAUUGACAAGUUUUAGACAUGAAGUAAAGAUUAUGAGUAAAAUAUUUCAUCCAAAUGUAGUAUUAUUUUUAGGUGCCUGUACACAAGCAGGUAAAAUGCAAAUUGUUACAGAGUUGUGUCAAACGGAUUUAGAGAGAUUGCUUCACAACGACAGAACCAAACAAGAGUUUAGUUUAUUUAGAAGAAUGCAGAUGGCAAAGGAUGCAGCGUUGGGAAUGAAUUGGUUGCAUGGUAUCACCAGAAUCGUACACAACGACUUAAAGACUGCGAAUCUUUUGAUCGACAGUAAUCUCAGAGUGAAAGUAACUGAUUUUGGUUUUAGUCAAAUUAAGGAGGGUGAAGAGUUUCAAGAUAAAGCUGCAAAAGGAACUCCAUUAUGGAUGGCACCGGAAGUUAUGAUGGGUAAUCCAUAUAAUGAGAAAGCAGAUGUCUAUAGUUUUGGUAUUAUUCUCUGGGAGAUUUUGACAAAGGAAGCACCAUAUUCACAUCAUAAGGACUAUGAUAUAUUCUUUAAUGCGGUUUGCAAUGAAAAGGAGAGACCACCCAUCCCACUCGAUACACUGCCAAGUCUGAAACAUUUGAUUCUCAGCUGUUGGGAUCACAAUCCAGCGGCACGUCCGUUUUUCCCUGAAAUUCUUUUCCGUCUCAACGAGAUCUUGGUCGACUGUGCAAUCGAGUUUGACGAAGGUCGACGCUACUGGAAGGAACACUUUUUAGUGCCAAAGCAAGAGCUGCAGGAGGAAGUCGAAUGGAUCGACUUUGAAAAAUCAUUGAAAUCCGUACUACAAACUCCAGGUCUCGACUAUUCCGCACUCAAAGAACUGUUGGUUCAACAAUCACAUCAAACCGUUCAGAAAACAAAACAUGUAGUUACAAUGGAGCGAUUCGAUAAAGUUAUGAAAUGGUUUGGUUCUUUCUUUGAACCACAAAUCGGUGCUGAAAUUAUUAAUAACAUUAAUAAACUUUCAGGAAAGAUGUGGUUCCAUGGAGAUAUUUCACGUGAGCAAGCAACUGCUAGAUUGUUAAAGGAAUCCGAUGGAUCGUUUUUAAUUCGUCUUAGCUCAACUGAACCCAAAUCAUGUCCAUUUACAUUGUCAAUGAAGAAUGAUCAACAUCGUAGAAUUCAACUCAUCGAUGACAACAGCUCCACUGGAUUCAAAAUUCAAGGUAAAACUGCUGUAUAUAACAGUCUUAUUGAACUGGUCGAGAAGUGUUCUGAUUAUCCAUUGACUAAAGCUUGUCCAAAACAUGGUCAAGAAAUAGAAUAUCAUAUAAUAUCAUGUUCAACCGAUUAUUUUUAA